GUUUUCUGAGUUAACAAAUCAUUUUGCUCGGUUUGCCUAAUAAAUAGUAAAGUUUUGGUCAUGUGCUUGUGAAAAUUUUUAAAUAAUACUUAUAAUAUAAAAUGGCAGCUGAUUCGGAGAAUGCUGCAAAGGAAUUAGCAAACUUAAGUGAGGAGAUUCGGAGUCUCCGUCUAAAAUUGGCAGACAAAACACGCCAACUUGAAGAUUUGCAGGCCGCCCAACGUGCAGAUGCGGCAGGUAAUGCGGCAAGCGAUGAACUGGCUGAUAGUGUUUUCACACCUAGAAUUAACGACUUAACUAAUGAUGAAAUAGAGCGUUACAGCCGCCAACUGAUACUCCCUGGUUUUGGCGUUACUGCACAAACAACGCUGAUAAACUCGUCAUUUCUUAUUGUAGGAAUGGGCGGACUAGGCUGUCCAGCUGCGCAGUACCUCAUUGCUGCGGGAAGUGGUCGCUUGGGCUUAGUUGAUUACGAUACAGUUGAUCGGACCAAUUUGCAUAGACAAACUUUACACACAGAGCGUACAAUUGGUUUACCGAAAGUAGAAUCAGCUAAACGUGCUUUGGAGCAAAUUAAUCCCAAUUGCCAAAUAGAUUUGCACAAACUUAUGUUGGACAGCAGAGUCGCGCUAGAUAUUAUUAAGCAGUAUGAUGUGAUUUUGGAUUGUACAGAUAAUGUUGUAACACGCUACUUGCUAAACGAUGCAUGCGUACUUUUAAAUAAGCCCCUGGUGUCAGGCAGUGCUUUGCAAUUCGAUGGCCAGUUAACUGUUUACCAUUAUGGAGAUACAUGCCCCUGCUACAGAUGUCUCUUUCCAGUGCCACCUCCUCCACAUGCCGUAACAAACUGCGGAGACGGUGGUGUAAUGGGUGCUAUUACUGGAGUAAUUGGUUCUAUGCAGGCGUUAGAAGCAAUUAAAGUUGCCACUGGUGUGGGUGAAACAUUUGCCGGAAAACUACUGAUUUUCGAUGGUAUGAAUGGUAUAUUUAGAAAUAUAAAGUUACGUGGCAGAAGUAAAGAUUGCAAGGUAUGCUCAGAGAAUCCAAUGAUUACCCAACUAAUCGACUAUGAACAGUUCUGCAGCAUGCACGCUUCUGACGAUGAUCAACCGCUUCAACUGAUUCCAUCACAAGAACGUAUAGAUGUGUUUCAGUAUAUCGAUAUGCGAUCGCAACCUCAUCUUCUAAUUGACGUGAGACCACAAAACGAGUUUGAGAUCUGUCGUUUGCCAUCGUCUGUUAAUGUGCCUCUAAAGGAAAUAUUAAACAAUAAAUUUAUAGAACGAUUUGCUAAUGAAUUAGCUGACGAAAAGUUGCCGAUAGUUGUGCUUUGCCGAAGAGGAAACGACUCUCAAAUAGCCGUUCAACACAUGUGCAACAAGUUUCCAUCUCAUGCGAUACGUGAUCUUAUUGGUGGCCUUUACGCUUGGCAUUACAAAGUGGAUAAAGACUUUCCAAUAUAUUAAUACUAUUAUUAAGCAUAUUGUACAUGUAUACUAUUCUUGUUAUUUUUACAUCUUUAAACAUAAAAUGGUGGCGUGAAUGUUUGAGAUAUUAUAAUAAAUAUUUGUUGUUAUGGAAAAAUAAAAA